AUGUCUUCAACCUACUUCCGGAUAGACGAACACAAGGUACCAGCUUCGCAUAUCCGUGGAUUUCCCCGGUCAACGGCAACAAAACAAGAGGAAGUACUACAUUUGGCUGUCAAGCAAUAUACGCCACUCAGCAACAAAAGCCCCAAGCCUGGUGACAUUACCAUCAUUGCCGCGCAUGCCAAUGGCUUUCCAAAAGAACUGUACGAGCCGCUGUGGGAUGAGCUACUCAAGCGAUGCGAGCAGCACGGCUUUGGUAUCCGGGGAAUCUGGAUAGCAGAUGUUGUGCACCAGGGCUGGAGUGGUGUGCUGAAUGAGGGUAAACUGGGCAAUGACCCUGCAUGGUUGGACCACAGCAGAGAUCUGCUCCACAUGGUCAACCACUUCCGCGAUCAAAUGCCCCGUCCUAUUGUUGGUGUGGGCCACAGCAUGGGCGGCUGCCAGCUCGCAAAUCUUGCUCUUCUCCAUCCGAGGCUCUUUGAGACACUUGUUCUCAUUGACCCCGUCAUCCAAGGAAAAGUUUCUCUCAACGGCAACAUUUCACCCGCAGCCGCAUCAGCAAGGCGCCGAGAGCUCUGGCCAUCACGGGAAGACGCAGCAAAGAGUUUCGCAAAGAGCAAAUUCUACCAAGCUUGGGAUCCGCGCGUGCUAGAUCGCUGGGUGCAGAAUGGACUAAGAGACGUACCGACAGAACUGUUUCCCGACGCAAAGAAGCCUGAAGUUACCCUCACAACAACCAAGCAUCAAGAAGUCCUGACAUUUCUCCGCGCAAACUUCACCGCAAGACCAGGAGACAAGGAGCCCUCAUCUGCAGAUUUCACCCUCAGCAACCCAAAGCUGAACAGGAGAACGCACGCAGACAUGACGCCGUACGAGGAGCCUCAAACACCCUUUUACCGCGGCGAGAGCACAAUCGUCUUCAACCAACUACCCUCGCUCCGCCCAUCCUGCUUCUACAUCUUUGGCGAACUCUCUUUCCUAACUGACGACGCCGUCAUUGAGGAGAAGAUGCAAAUGACGGGUUCAGGCGUGAACGGUAGCGGGGGCCGUGCAGAGGGUCUUGUAGACAAUGUCACGGUCAAAGGAGCCGGACAUUUGAUUCCUAUGGAAAAGGUCGGAGAGAGUGCAGACCACAUUAGCAAAUGGGUGGGCAAGGAAAUGAAGAGGUACUGGGACUGGGAGCGUAAGACAGAAGAAGAAUGGGAGGGCAAACAGGGUAUCGAGAGGAGUGUAUUGCCCAAGCGAUUUUUCGAGGAGUUGGAUACGCUCAUCAAGCCAAGAGAGAAGAAAGCAUCCAAGUUGUAA